AUGGACCGCGAGCGCGAAGACGACGACUCGGCCCCCGUCGAGGCGCUGGAGGAGGCGCAGGCGGAGGUGGCGCUUCAGAUCCGCAACGAGAAGCACCUGAAGCAGGUGGGCGUGGCCGUGCGCCGGCCGCGCGCGCGCGCGUCGUGCGUCAAGGGCUGCGCCGGCGAAGACACCAGGCAGUGGGAGCUGCUGCUCUUCAGCUUCUCGGACUCGAGCGAGCUGGCCAACCUCGAGUCGCUGCUGGUGCAGCUGGCGCCCUCCACGUGCUACCUGUCGGCGGAGCUGGAGCAGUCGCAGGCCGUGGGGGACAGCAAGAAGCUGCACGCGCUGCUGCAGACCCACGAGGUGGCCUGCGUCUACAUGAAGAAGCAGCUGUUCCAGGACGUCAGCGGCGUCGAGACCAACGUGGCGAGGCUGCUGGGCGCCAGCACCAUGGCCGAGUACAAGGACGUGCUGGCGUCCAAGCUGGCGGCCGGGAGUCUGGCCUGCCUGAUCGACGCGCUGGGCGUCAUGGCCGACGCCGACGCCUUCGGCUGCUACACGCUGCAAGAGGGCAACCUCUCGUCGGCCAUGCAGCUCGACAGCGCCGCCGUCUGGUCGCUCAACUUGCUGCCGGAGCCGAGCGCCACCACCGCUGGCGCGACCAGGUUCGGCGGCAGCGUGCUGGAGAUCUUGAACCGAGGCAAGACGCCCAUGGGCCGCCGUCUGCUGGAACGCUGGAUCCGCCAGCCUCUGCUGGACGUCAACCAGAUCGAGACGAGGCAGAGUCUCGUGCAGCUCUUUGUGGACGAUUCGUCACUGAGGAUGGAGCUGCUGGACGAGUGCAUGAAAGCGCUGCCGGACUUGGGACGACUGGCGGUCAGUCUGGAGCGCAAGAAGCACGCUAAGAUCACGGACUUGGUUAGUGUGUACGACGCUGCCGUUGGCGCUAUCCCUCGGGUGCAGAAGCUGUUGAAGGAGACGACUGCAGGUGGAGACGAAGCGCUGGCGAGUCUGGUGAAGGAGAAGUUCGCAGCCCCACUGGAAAAAGUCCUUGCCGACUUGCAAGGAUAUACGGAGCUGGUGAAGGAGGUUGUUGACCUGGACAGCCGCCCGAAUCUCGUGGUGAAUGCGAAGCAUGACAAGGAUCUUCAAGCUCUGCGUGAAGAAUGGGACGGAAUCCUUGCGGACAUUGAAGAUGAGCACCGCAACGCACUUGACACGAUCGGCGGUGAGAUCAAGUGCGAGAAGGACAAAGUGCGCGGGUUCGCGUUCCGUGUUGUGAACAAAAAGGAGGAGUCUCGAUUGUCCAAGUUGCCGUACGUGCACAUCUGCCAGGUGCUUGUGAGCGGGGUGCAAUUUACGACGACGAAGUUGAAGGCGCUGGCCGCCGACUACCGUCGUGUGCGUGGUGAGUACGAAGAGCGACAAGCCCACGUGCUGAAUGCUGCAAUUGACGUUGCCAGCACAUACGUACCUGUGCUCGAGGCUGCAACGUCCACUCUGGCAGAGCUGGACGUCCUCCUCGGUUUCGCUCAUGCUGCGUGCCAUGCUGGAUCAGGAUACUGUCGCCCUACUCUAGAGCAAGAUGGCGAUUGCAUCGUGCUGACAAGCGCCCGCCACCCGUGCGUGGAGCUUCAGGACAGCGUUGACUUUAUUCCGAAUGACUACAACUUCGAGCGUGAAAAGUCACGAUUUCAGCUAGUCACGGGGCCUAACAUGGGUGGCAAGAGUACUUACAUCCGUCAGUUGGGCACCAUUGCAGUGAUGGCGCAGAUCGGCAGCUUUGUGCCUGCAGAAGUCGCGCGGUUGCCCGUGUUUGACAAACUGUUGGUGCGUGUUGGUGCUGGAGAUCUGCAACAGCGGGGUGUUUCAACUUUCAUGCUGGAAAUGCUGGAGGCGUCUGCUAUUCUGCACAAGGCCACAGAGCGCUCGUUGGUGAUUAUUGAUGAACUGGGUCGUGGCACCUCCACGUACGAUGGAUUUGGGCUGGCUUGGGCUAUCUCGGAGUACCUACUCUCGAAGGCGCGCUCCAUGUGCUUGUUCGCAACGCACUUCCACGAGCUGACAGCGUUGAAGCAGGAGCACCCGCAGGGUUUUGCCAACAAACACGUAACAGCAGUGGCCAGCGAUCGCGAGAUCACGAUGGUGUACCAAGUGCGCGAUGGACCUUGUAUGGAAAGUUUUGGUGUCCACGUUGCGUCCAUGGCGGGCUUUCCUGCGUCCGUAAUUGAGUGUGCUCGCCGAAAGAGCCAAGAACUUGAGGGCUUCGAGCGUGCUGUAGGAAGCCAGGGGACGUCCUCCAAAAGGUCUGCUGCAGACGCCUCGCUACCUGAGAAUGGGCAAUCCCCAACCAAGAAGACCGCGUUGACCAAGGUGUUUCUGUCAUCAUUUGUGGCUCUUCCGCUAGACAAAUUGGCGCCAGCGAAGGUGAUUGCCGCCGUCCGCAAGCUGAUUCCGCAAUAA